AUGGCGCAGCAGAACCAUCGGAACAGCCCACAUCUCUCUUCUCACCUUCAGAACGGCUCCGCUCCCCCAUCGCCAUCAAUGUCGAACUCCCAGCAGCAGCAGCAGCAGGGCGGCCAGUCGCGCCAGCAGCCGGUCAAUUAUCCCAGCCCGACCUCGUACCCGUCGCCAUCGCUGUCGAAUGCGCAAUACAACUACCCUCCGCCGAACAACCAACAGGUCAGUGAACCAUAUCGCGCAAGCCCAACUGGCAGCAACGGCUCGCUCUCGCUGCCCAGCAUGCGCACGCUGGACCCGGUGCACCAGCAGCAGCAACAGCAGGCCCAGCAGCAGCACCAUCUGGCGUCAGGACUCCCGCCGGUCGCUCCCAUGGCAGGCGGACCCUACUAUCACAACCAAGGCCAGACGCUGCCUCAUCCCCAGCACCAGUAUCCCAACGUGACCUCGGACCCGACGGGCCAGAACAUGCGAUAUGCCCUCCCGGUCACCGACUCGAGAGUCAUGAGCGGCGGCCGCCAUAAGAAGGCGAAGGCACAUGAGCUUGCUCAAGCCGAGUCCACCGCGAGAAAAGAGACGAGAGCGUGCGACGAAGCCCACCCGGCCUGCCGCAACUGCCAAAAGUCCAAGCGUGAGUGCUUGGGCUACGAUCCCAUCUUCAAGCAGCAGCCUGGCCCUACAGCCAUCCAGCCUGCUCCCAGCUCUGCUCCAGCCCAGGGCGGUUCGACUGCGACGGCGAAUCCAUACGGUCAUCAGCCGCAGAUGAUGCCCGCGGGCUACGGCGUCCCUGUCUCGAGCAUGAAUUACGAGCCAUCCCUCUCGGCCGGCGUCAGUUCGCCUGGCUCGGCGAGUCAACAGUUUGAUUAUUCCUCGGCGAUUGAUCCAGCAUUGGAGGCUGCUGCCCCGCCGACCACAGUCGGGGGCAAUGCCUACCAUCAGACAACAUCAGGUAUGCCAAUCUUCCGCGAUGAUAUCAAGAGAGACGUACAGAGUGCCAGCCCAUUCUCGUCUGCGGCGUCCGACACCCCGCACCUGAGAGGUGGCGCUGGGUCUCUGUUCUCCCCUUCAGUUGCAUCUACAGCAGAACUCUCGGCUUACACGACCACUUCAGCAAAACGCACUGUUAGCGAACUCCUCGCCAUGGGCGGCAUCGCUCCCCCUCCCUCUGCCGCCGACGUCUCGCAGCUACCCAACCAGCUCGAGGAAACGAAGCACCUCUACUACAGCAUCUAUGCCCCGGGCCUCGAAAACUUCCUGGAGUCACGGUGGUUCACUACAAAGGGCCUGGCCAAGUUGCUCGGUGACAAGGGAUUGCUCGACCAGUUUGGUACUCUACUGCACCAAUUCUCCAAGACCCCUCAGAACGAUAUCAAGGAGAUGGCAUAUACCGCCAGUGUCGAGGCAAGAAUUGUCUGGGCGCUCGCCAACACGGUACGCAUUGCGGCUGUGGAAGCCUCCGGCAACAGAGAGAUCAAGACUGUCCCGCCAAAUGAUGACCCCGUUGAGGCUGGUAAUCGCUUGACCGUCUUCGAGAACUUGUUGACCGGACAGGUUGCUCCCCGGAAUUCACUUACCGCUCCUGUGCCCGGAAGCACCGAUCACCACAGACUCCGUGAGUUGGAGUUCUGGUACACCCUUGGAAACUUCGUUUGCCUCCGAGACGAUGAUCCAGCAUCGGCCAAAGACAUCGAUAACACACUUGCAGCCCUCCGCAAUCUUCUCGACGGCAGAGAGAAUCGAGAUGUCCUUUACUCUAUUGCGGUCGUCCGUGUUAUCGGUCCACGGGUUUCCGAGUACACGGAUAACGAUACUCCCCUCCACUUCGACGAGAGCGACAACAAGAGCAAACUCCUUGUUGCAAAGAAGUUUGUUAUGGACGAGGGAUCUGGCGCGGGUACCACCAAUGUGAUUCGGAGACUAUGUGAGCUAGCUGCACGGUCCUGGACUACACCAGCACCGGCACCGCCCUCCGCACCUGUACCGGCAGCUUCUCCUGCACCUGCUGAUACUGCCCCUCCUGCUUCUGUGGCUGCCCCGGAAACUUCCACGGCUGCUACGACUUCUCCUGCCCCUGCGGCGGUUCCAGCCUCCACAACCUAA